GGGAAGCCGGCCUGGAGCGGCGGGCGCUGCAGGCUCGAGGAACGCCCCGCUCCUUCGCGGCCCCGGGCCGAGAUGCGCGAGCCGGCCCCGCGGAGCCGGCCGGGGGCGGGGAGAUGAGCGGCGGCCCGGCAGCGGCACCCCAGAAUGAGGAGGGACGCGCCGCAGUGCCACUGGGAACUGGCUUUCGAGUGAAGUAGGAGUCUCCGGCCGUCCGCCUGCACCCAGCCGCUCGGCGCCGCGGCCGCUCAGCCAGUGCUAUGGCCGGAUCCGGCGCGUGGAAGCGCCUCAAAUCAAUGCUGAGGAAGGAUGAUGCGCCGCUGUUCUUAAAUGACACCAGCGCCUUUGACUUCUCGGACGAGGUGGGCGACGAGGGGCUUUCUCGGUUUAACAAACUUCGAGUUGUGGUGGCCGACGAUGGUGCCGAAGCCCCGGAAAGGCCUGCUAACGGGGCGCACUCGGCCCUCCAGGCCGACGAUGACUCCUUGCUGGACCAGGACUUACCUUUGACCAACAGUCAGCUGAGUUUGAAGGCGGACCCCUGUGACAACUGCAGCAAGCGGAGAGAGUUGUUGAAGCAGAGAAAGGUGAAAACCAGAUUGACCAUUGCUGCCGUUCUUUACUUGCUUUUCAUGAUUGGAGAGCUUGUAGGUGGAUACAUUGCAAAUAGCCUAGCAAUCAUGACAGAUGCACUUCAUAUGUUAACUGACCUAAGUGCCAUCAUAUUGACCCUGCUUGCUUUGUGGCUGUCUUCAAAAUCACCAACCAAAAGGUUCACUUUUGGAUUUCAUCGCUUGGAGGUUCUGUCAGCUAUGAUUAGUGUGCUGUUGGUGUAUAUACUAAUGGGGUUCCUCCUCUAUGAAGCUGUCCAAAGAACUAUCCACAUGAAAUAUGAAAUAAAUGGAGAUAUAAUGCUCAUUACUGCAGCUAUUGGAGUUGCAGUUAAUGUGAUAAUGGGGUUUCUGUUGAACCAGUCUGGUCACCAUCAUGCCCAUUCCCACUCCCUGCCCUCAAAUUCUCCUACCACAGGUCCCAGAUGUGGACACAACCAAGGGCAGGAUAGCCUGGCAGUGAGAGCUGCAUUUGUACAUGCCUUGGGGGAUCUGGUACAGAGUGUUGGUGUGCUAAUAGCUGCAUACAUCAUACGAUUCAAGCCAGAAUACAGGAUUGCUGAUCCCAUCUGUACAUAUGUGUUUUCAUUACUUGUGGCUUUUACAACCUUUCGAAUCAUAUGGGACACAGUAGUGAUAAUUCUAGAAGGUGUACCAAGCCAUUUGAACGUAGACUAUAUCAAAGAAGCUUUGAUGAAAAUAGAAGAUGUGCAUUCAGUGGAAGAUUUAAAUAUCUGGUCUCUCACUUCAGGAAAACCUACUGCCAUAGUACACAUACAGCUAAUUCCUGGAAGUUCAUCUAAAUGGGAGGAAGUACAGUCCAAAGCAAAGCAUUUAUUAUUGAACACGUUUGGCAUGUAUAAAUGUACUAUUCAGCUUCAGAGUUACAGGCAAGAAGUGAACAGAACUUGUGCAAACUGUCAGAGUUCCAGUUCCUAACUGUGUAUAUAUGAGAGACUGCUGCCUUAUUUAUCCUGCAGUCACAGAUGUGAGAGCAAUAAAUGCACACCUGAGUGAGAAAUGGAAUCCCUGACAGCUGUGUCACUAUCAAGCACCGGUCUCUCAAAACAGACACUCCAGCCUGCCAGUGCUAGUUUCUGUUUAAUGGUAAGAUGAGACUUCACCAUGCUUCUCGUAUGAAGAUGUUUCUAAAACACUGUUUACAGAAUGAGACAUGACUCUACAGAUACCUCACAGAAGACAAUCCAAGACCGUACUUCACUAAUUAUGACAGUACAUGUCUUAAAGAAAGCAUCAAGAAUUCAGUAUUUGCAUUUAAAAAUCCUUUUUAAAGACCAUUUUUAUAUCAAGCCAGUGCUGGAAAACUGAUUUUUUUUUUUAUUAUGUAAUCUUGAACCCAGCUUCUUGAAUUUGACACCCAGCUCUCUUUUUACCAAAAUUAUUUCUCAAAGUACUACUAAUUAUCCAGAGAGUGGAAUAAGCAUGUAUUCCUAGAGUUUCAGAAAUGUUUUAUUUCACAAAUAAGUUUGAAUCUUAUUGUUAUAAUUUGUAAUCAACUUUUUCCAGAUAGUACAGGGUUUUGUAUCUCAAAGUUAGCAUUUUUGGUUAUUUGUAAUCUUAUCAGAAUCAAAUAUUUACCUAUUGUGGCCACUGAUACUAAAUUGUUUAGGAGAUAUUUUCUGUGUUAUUCUGAAUAGCAGAAGUGAAUCAUAAAUUCAAAUUAUAAUAUGAUACUUUGAAAAAAAAAUGGAGUGAGAAUGGGGUGUGGGGUUUCAGAUUUAAGUCUUCCUGAAAUCACUUGUUCAUGGAAUUAUUUUAAGAACAGCAAGAGACCACAGAAGGUAAACAAUGACCCUCUGUCCUUUUAAAAACUGCCUUGCCUUUUGUACAGGAAGUUGCUUGGUACCUUCCUUCCUGCUUCCAUGCCAGUUAACCUGUGGGAGCCCUUUCAGGGUAGAACUCUGGGCAACUAAGUUUCAGUGUGCCCUCCACCUCUCCUGUAGACCAACCACCUUCCUCCAGGAAUAAUUUCGGAUCAAUGACACAGGUUCCAGACACUGGGUUCCAGACACUGGGUUCCACGGACUCCAGAAAUCCUAGGGUAUAACUUUGAAGUUUUUCCAAUAAUAAUAUCAUAACAGAAAUGCCCAGAGGGAUUGGGGGAAGAUAUUACUCUGAGAAGACAAAAUUUUCAAGGGUUUUUGACCUUGUGUGUUCUUAUGUUUUGAGGCAGGGGAAUGGGGAUGGACAUUAAAUCUGUUGUGGGGAGGCUAAGCAUAAAAGUUUUCAGAGCAGAGGCAACUAAUUGGUAACAAGAGGCAGCUGUGAAUAUUCAUGUUUCAUUUUGCAACUGUUGGUUUUGAGAUUAUCUUUAUGCAUGUUAGAAAUCCAUUUUCAAGAAGAACAGUUUCUUAUACCAAGAACAGAUACGGUCCUUUGACUCCUCAGAAUCAGAGUACAGCAGCAGUGUACCAAGCAAGUUGUGAACUGAAAUCCUAGAUGGGCAUGCAGAUGACUCCUGAUAUAAAUGAACAGGACACACGCUUUAUCUUUCUGCCAAAUACCUCACUAUGUAAUAAACCUAAGAUAAAACCUGGAUUUACCCCAAAAAAGGGUUGAUGAGGAUUAAUGGUUCGUAAUAAAACCUCGUGUUUGUUAAAUAUUAACUUUAUGAGAUUCUUACUGUGAAUCUAUUUAAAAUAAUGAUUUGAAUUUUUCAAAAAUUUCAGUAGCACAUAAGCUGUUGAAAUCAAAAUAAAUAUAAAAUUAAAAUACAGAGGGCAAGUAAGAAUAAAUGGGAGGCAUUUCAGUGGACAUUUGGGCACUUGUAGACUUUGAGCACUUAGCAAGAGAAGGAAAAAGAAUAUGCAUUAAUUAUGCUAAUGGAUUUCCCCGUAUUUGCAAAUUGUUCCUUAUAGCUACCCAGCUUGUUUCUUAUAAAUUUUCCUUUAUCUUAAAUAGCUAUAUCUGACUUAUCAUAAAUAACCCAUUCCUUGGAAAGUUACUUGAUGAAACAGUCUGAAAUACAUUUGAGGAUUGAAAGGAUCCUUUUGUAAAACGCAGAAAGACCAAAAACUUUUAUAAAUCUUAUAGUGUUCUCCUUAAAAUGAGAAACACAUGAAGUUUUCCUAUGCUUUGCUUUUUGUAGCAAGAACUAUAGACUUUGUACUGGUACUUCACUGGGAGUGUAAGAUUUGAGGAUUGAUAGAUUUAACUUGUAACUUAUAAGACCCACAGAGAAGGAUGUGAACUUAGCAGAUAUGACCAGGAAUUGCACAGUUGGUCUGUCCUUCCCCCGCCUAGUUACAGCCCCUAGUUAUACUCCUCAGCCAGCUCUCAAAAAGGGCUGUCCAUUGUCCAGCAAAGGCAGUGGCUGUUUGUAUAAACACCUAGCAUUAUUAAUUUUGCAUAAGGAAAACAGAUCACAACAUAAAAACUGGGCAGUUCUUCAGUGAGGUGUAUUUUGGUUAUCAUUUGCAAAUAAUCGGAGUUACUUAUGUGUAUAACCUGUGUUUCACAGCUCUGACCAGAUGCAGCAUUUUGACUUUUAUGGCCUAUUGUUUCAUUAAUGACCAUGCUGCUUUAGAAAUAUAACAUGGGGAAUAUAGUUGCAUAAAGCAUAUUUCAGAGGGCUUUGAAAUGCAGAACCAGAAGCGACGGAAUUCCUCCAUACAUUUUCCAUUAGCUAUUCCCUGUGUAAUGUGAGCCUGGAUUUUCACAACUUGAAGCUCCCAUCAGUAUUGUUUGCCAAAUCACUAGAUUUCUUAUUUUACUGUUUUCCACUUCGGGUGCUUCAUUCCCAUUUUCUAAGACUAGUUUCCUGCUCUUAGGAGUCUCAGUGUUCUGGUUCUACCUCUUGAGCUCAGGUGUCCUCACUGAGUGUUUGUCUUCAGUAGAAUUUUCCCAGAAUAGACACAGGCAGGAUCAGAUAUGUGAGCUUCCCUUUCAUUUUAAUAUGAGGAAAAACCAUCCUUCAGAGACAAAGCACCACUUAUAAGUGUGUUUCUGGGUAAGAUAGAACCUUUGUUUAAGCUGCUGAUUGUUCCUGAUCCAAAUUUCUCUGCACACCGAGCUUUAUGGUAAGUGUGGUAGAACUAGAUGCACUGCACAAUCACAAGCCAGGAUCACUGCUAAGAUUCAAAUAACCACUCUUACCACAGAGAAGCAUUCACUUCUGAAACAAGCACAAUUAGCUAAAUGUGUUUUCUUCAGUUGGUUCAACAAAAUAAGGUGUUGUUAUAUAGAAUUUGAGCCCCUUUGGAAUAAGGUUUUAGAUACUUUUGCUGUUGCCUCUGCCUUACAUAUAGUAAAUUUAAAGUUACAGAAUGUGUUCACAAGACUAGUUCAUCGGGUUCAGUUUGUCUUUGAAUCAAGCUUCACUUAGGAGCCAGUUGGGUAUUAUUAGUCACAAAUGCAGAGUGACACUUUGAAGGAUGUUCUGUUGAGGGGAGGCCAGCUUGAUCCCCAAAUUGUUGAUUAUGCCUAAUGGCUCUCUAACCACGAUAUCAUUUGCAAACCCUAGCUACAGAUCUGUCCUGUGAAUCCCACCAGACGGGGCUUCACAUUUAUGUUACAGAUCGCUAGCCAGGGAUAUUGCUUGUGAUGCCAGUAGAAGCACAGAUUGUAGAGAAGAACCAUCGUGGGAAGUCCUCAGUGUUAAAUUGUGUGUGUGCCCCUCUCUUACACAUUCCAGCCAGCCGGUCGUUGAAUUCUCACUUUCAAAAGAUUUAACCCAUUCUUCUAGUCAUAUUGUGAUGACCAACAAUCAUUUUCUAAUUUUUGGUAAGAUUGGAAAACACUUAAGAAGACUUUCCCAGUUAAACCUAUGACAGUGUCAAUUUAAAUGUUGCAAUUAAGUAUAUUCUGAAAUAACUGCAACAAAAUUGAAAUGUGCCAGUAUGUCAGCUUUGCACCUGAAAGAUAAUGUAUAUUUGGAAAGCUAUGCUUCUCUAAAUAAAUACAUGUUAAUAAGUAAGCCAUAUCACACUUUAAUAAAUUGUAUAUACUUUCCCAUAUAUGCUUUCAGAAACCAGGUAUUUUGCAUAAUGAUUGAUUUUAGAAAGAUUUUGAAGCUGGAGUCUGUCCAUGUAAUUUAAAAUCAAACUAUAGUAUAUGUAUAUGUACUGAAUUUGCAAUCUUCAAAUUGUAAUUUCCUAUACAUUUAUUAAAGUAUUGUUUUGCCAUGUGGUUUAUUAAAAAAAUGAAAGUGUA